GGUGCGGGUCGACUCUCGUCGUCGUCGGCAGCAGAAGCGCUAGUCUCGCCCGGACCUUGUGUAAACAGGCGAACGCAAGAGUUUGUUUUUUUCGUGCAGAGACAAGUUUCGGCUCUUGACUCAGCCAAGCUCGUCGUCGACAGUUUUCAAGUAUUUAAAAAAAAAAAGAAAAAAACAUAAGACAGCCAUUAACUGCUGCUGCUGCUGCUGUGCCACAGCUUAUUUGCUGCGUCAGACCGUCUUUCCGAAGCGUUGCUGAUGCGAUCUGCUCAUUUCGGCCGUGUGGUUGUGGCUCGUUAAGGUAUCGGAAGCAGCUCGACACUGUCUGGAUUAUUUAAAAAAAAAAAAAAGAACCCCACGUUGUUGCUUUCUGGGCAGCAGACGAAGGAGAAGAAGAGUUUGUCCGUCUGUAUAGACGCGAAAUUCCAGCACUGGACAGUUUCUAGCGCGCCGCUCGAAAAGUUUCAGUGGACAAUCGAUUGGUUGGCGGCCGGUGCAUUUGUGUUUGUGAUUCAACGGCGGCGGCAACUGCUGCUAGGCGGUUUCAGAAUCUAUAAACAUUGAACGUUGUUAGUAGUCGCCCUUUUUUAUUUUUAUUAUUUGUGUUUGGGUUUCCCUCUGGGAUCGUGACACGGCACAAGAAUCUAAGGCGGACACUUUGGCCUUUAGCCCGCCGACAUUUAACCCGUGCGCCCGCCGUACAGUCGUGUGCCCGCAGCAUACAGAAGCAGAGGUGGUCGUGGUCCCGCAUGACGUAUUUCUUGGGUUUUGUUCCUUCUCCUUGGUGAACUUUUGCGUCGUCUUUGACAACCAGACGACUAUUUUCCAACCCCCCGAUCCUUCCCCCCCGUUCUUGAUGUAUCCAGCGGUGAUCCUGAAUGAGUGAUCGAUUGCCGUUUCUACUCUACUGGACACUCAACUCUUGCUGUACGAACCAAUCACUUCAUCGGUGCUUUUGCAUAUGCAGGAGGAGAAUCGAAACAACUAAGAAAAUUGGGUGGCUGUGCUGGGAAGCCGCGUUCUCGACUUUUGACAGACGACCGUAUCGAGCGACUUUGACACUUUCAACCCCGGCGCAUAUCUGCAGGUCGGACGUCAAUCAGCCCAGGAGCGACUCGGCCGCUAUUCCGAAUCAUCGGCAGACCGAUUCCGGAAUAAGGACAGCAAUGCAUGAAUUGGCGGCCCUGCUCGACCGUUUGGAAAGCGAUUGCUUGGAAGCGUCGUUGACAUCAGACACGGAACUCAAAGGAGAGGAAUGUCCCCGCAUCUGGGAUGGCCUUUUGUGCUGGCCACCAACACCGGCCAACGUCACGAGCCAUCUGGCCUGUCCGGGCUACGUCGACGGCUUUGACGUCCUGGCUUUGGCGACUCGGCACUGCACGGAAGAAGCGACGUGGUACUUUAACCUCCAAGAAAAUAGAACUUGGACCAAUUACUCAUCGUGCGGACUGUCUCGGCACUCGCCAUUCAAUACGACGCUCUUCGAGACUUGGCUGCCAAUCAUCAGGAGGAUAUCGCAGGUCGGUUACGGCGUUUCUCUCGGCACCUUGCUCAUCGCCCUCUGCAUUUUAGCGUCGUUCAAGAAGCUGUACUGUCCUCGCAACACUCUCCACAUGCAUCUGUUCAUCUCUUUCAUCAUGAGGGCCUUCAUGGCCCUCCUCAGAGAUAACCUCUUUGUCGACGGACUGGAUAGCUUGGCCUUGUCAACCGAAGAGGCCCUGGUCGAAGCCGCCAGCGACGGCGUCCUUCAUCAGUAUCCCGGCACGAGCGGCUGGGAGUGCAAAUUAGUGACGAGCUUGUGGCAGUAUUUCAUCAUGGCCAAUUACUCUUGGAUAUUGAUGGAAGGCCUCUACUUGCACAACUUAAUUUUCCUGGCGCUUUUCACCGACUCGAGUGCCAUCACCAUUUACAUCAUCCUCGGAUGGGGAUUACCCUUCAUAUUCGUCUCGUCGUGGGUUGUCAUGCGCAUCAUCUUUGAAAAUCUCCUGUGCUGGACGACGAACGAGAACAAAAUCAUAUUUUGGUUGCUCAUCCGGGGUCCUAUCACAGCUUCUAUUUUGGUCAAUUUGAUUUUCUUUCUGCACAUUGCUUGGGUGCUCCUGUCAAAGUUAAGAUCGUCUGUUUCUGCAGAGACACGCAAGUACAGGUACAGGAAAUGGGCAAAGUCGACGCUGGUGCUGGUGCCUCUCUUCGGAGUUCAUUACACCGUCUAUUGCAUCAUGCACGGAGCCGAUGGACUCGGCGAAGCCGUCGAAGUGGCCCUACUCGUCUCUGACCAACUUUUCGCUUCGUUUCAAGGAUUUUUGGUGGCCCUCCUCUACUGUCUGAUGAACGGCGAGGUGCGAGGUGAACUUUCCCGUCGCUGGAAGCGAUUCCGUCAAAAUCACAAUUUGGACUCGCCCUGGUCGCAGUACAGCAUCACCAACAACUCGAGGAUUCUUCAUUUGAAUGGAUGCAGGACAAACACGACGCGCGGGUGGCGGACGUCGUUUCACUCGAUUCAGAUCACGUCGACGGGCGGCGACCGGCGCGACUACCGACUCCGCUCUCUCACCCCGCCCUUUAUAGCGUGUUACAAUAGCAAUCCCAACAACUCUGCCACCAGCUACGACUCUGGCACGCGAUCCACUUCCAUUACCGGCUCUCUCCAUCAAUCAGUCAGCAACAACAGCAGCACGGCGGCCGGCCUGACACGGACGUGCUGUUCAAAGCCAAUCACCAUUGCAAAUCGUCUGGAGAAGAUCGUUAGCGAGAGCGAAGAAUCCGAGCAUUUGGAUAUCCGGACUCAUCAAGACCAUGACGAAGCGAUAUCUUUAGCCGAUUUGACCAUCAAACCUCUCAAGGCUAUAUCUAAAACUUCUUUGUAAUCCGGAAAAAAAAGGAUUAUUCAGUUACCUGUGAAAAAAAACCCCACAACAUUAUCACGAUAUCCAUUCCAAGUGUCGUAUAAAGAAACCAACAUAAAUGUACCUAUAUAUAUAUAUAUAAUUAUAUAUACAUCCAUUCAAGCAGUCACAUAUCCUUCUAUGUGUAUACGAUACUGUUCUUGGUGGAAGAAAAGUCAACCCGAUUUACGACGUCCUUUUUUCUUUCUUGUUUUGACAGUUGUAAAUAUUAUGUAAGACCUCCCCAUCGUUCUUGGAAAACUGUGCAUCGUCUAUAUACGGUUUUAUGCUGCUGUGUUUCACUACACACAUACCGGUGAGCUAAAUGUCACGUGUAACCCUUGAUGAAAAUGUGAUUUCUGCUUUUAAACGUUUAUACUCUC